CUGGCAAGUAAUCUUUCUACGUUGGACUAAGGAAUGGAACAGAAAGGACAUAUUUUUGGGAAAAAGAAAGAAAUCAAUACCAAUACAGUGAAAAAGGCCCAGAAUCAGAAACAGGAUUUUAAAAAUUUGGCUCCAUUUCGGAGGUACCUUCUCCAAGAUGAAUGCUGUUUCUCUCUGACGGGUCGUGUCAUAUCCCACCCACUUCGCCCCAAUAACCAAACUCUACUUCCCUACUUCUCUGCAAAAUUAAACCAAAAUCAAACGGUCAAAAAAAUCAGAAACCACUUCAGCUCAAAGGAAAUACUGUUUCGGACUGUAAUCCAUUGCCAAAAAAUGGCCAUUUCUCAGUUGCCUCCUUCCAAUGAAGGUAAACAGUCGCCGUAUUGUGCUUCCUCUUCCAACAAGAGGAAGGCCUCAGAGUUGAAGCAGCCACUUUCACAGAAGAUGUCUAUGGGUUCUCAACAUAAUCACCCCACAAAGAAAGAGAAACUUGAUGAUAUUGAUAAGCCUCUCAUAUGCUUUAAGAAAGUAUCUCCGCCAGUCAGUAAUUCUUGGGGUUGUCCCAAGAGGGAGAUUUCUGCCAUAGAUAGAGCACAUGAAGUUCAAGAAAGGCUGCCCCCUGAAUUUCCUAGCUUUGUGAAGUUAAUGCUUAAGUCACAUGUUACUGGUGGAUUUUGGCUGGGGUUGCCGAGACAAUUUUGUGUUUUGCAUCUGCCCACAAGUGAUGUCCCGGUGUUUUUGGUGGAUGAAAGUGAAAAUGAACACGAAACGAAGUACCUGGCGGAGAAGAAUGGAUUAAGUGCAGGUUGGAGAGGUUUCUCCAUUGCUCAUAGUUUGCUUGAGGGGGAUGUUUUGGUUUUCCAAUUGAUUAAACCUUGCAAAUUUAAGGUUUACAUCAUACGCAUGAAUGGUUUAGCAGAAAUUGAUGGGGCAAUUGGUCUUCUAAAUUUAGAUCUUCCAGCUAAAUCAACUGCUGCUAAUGCUACAAUCAAAGGUGAACCAAAGAAUGCGAAGAAUGUUAAACUGGGCUAUCAGGUACCUGUUCAUAUGAUAAUUCCGCAAGAAGAUUAUGAUUCGGAAGAAGGCAGAAUUGUAGAAAGUUGCAAUGAUGAGGAUGUAUUGUCUGAUCAUUCAGCUCAAUUAAGUGGUGGAGACUUGAGCCCUGAAGUUCUGGAUGGCAUUAGGUUUUCAGAAACGGUCCUUGAGUUUAAAGAUGUAAAGGGCUUGGAGGCUUUCAGUAUACUCGUUGAUGGCCUAGUGAUUGACUCAGAGAUCCCUAUGCAUCUGCGAAGCAAGUAUUUUCAGCUUUGCUCCAGCCGAAAUGCGUUUCUUCAUUCUAAUCUUUUCAAGGGCUUAAACUGCAAGCUAGUAGCUGGCGUCAUUGCUGAAACUGUCAACAUUUCGGAUGCAAUCAGAGCAGCCAAGCUUACCACACCCUUGGAUCAUCUCCAAGUUUGGGACGCAACUCUGAAGUCCUUUGAGGAUAUGGGCAUGGCAGUUGGAUUCUUACGCGAACGGAUCAAGAAGCUACUCUCAUUUCAAUCCGAAGAACAAGAGAAGAUCCGAUCAAAGAAGAAAGAAAGAGCCCUGCUUGAAGAAGAGAUGAGGAAUCUGAAAACUAAGCUUGAAAAUGUGAAGAGUGUUAUUCAAAAUAUUGAUGAAGAAAUCAAGAUUCUGCAGGUGCAAAACGGAAGGCAUGAGCUCUCAUUUAAGGAAAUGGCAAGUGCACCUUGGUAGAGUUAUUCAACCAAAAUCUCCUCGUGAUCAUGGAGAAUAUAAGGCUGAGUAUGAAACAACAAAAAUGUGGAUCCAUCAUCGAACGAAAGCUGCAUAAGCAGGUGUAUAACUCAUCUAGUUUUGUGAAUCAUCAUCAUUUGCUAAUGAUAGUAGAUUUUAAGGGCAUGUUUUGUAUAUUUUGAGUAGAUCAUCAUCAUAGGACCUUGAACCUUAUUUUGUAACUUAAUAUGCCCACUUUUGAUGUCACCUUGUGGUGCUCUGGAUGAUUAUAGUAUAUAUAAUUUAUAGCUAGG